AUGAAAAAGAAGAGAAAACGACGAAAAGAUAAAUCAAAACUGAAAUGGCUCGCACGUUACAUCGAUGAACAGUUGAAAAAGAAGGGAAUAAUCGAAUCUUCGAUAUCUGAAGAUUUAGAGAAAUCUAUUAAAAUCUUCUUUAUAAGGCGAUUUGAUUCAGAAAAGAGCAGCGAUGAGAUAAUUGAAAACAAUAUUUAUAACCGAACUAGUCCACAAAAAAGAUAUGUAAAAUGUAGCAGUUGUGGCCGUGAUACAUCCCAAAGCCGUUGUUGGAAUUUCACCCUAAAAACUAGCAGUUUUAGUAAUACAAUAAGCGAAAGCAAAAACAUUACAAGCAAAUCAGACACGUCAGAAAAAAAUAUUAACAAAAGAACAAUCAUUGAACAAAACAACAACAAACGCUUUGUUGAUGUUGCUGUUAAUUACGAACUCCUUGUUAGUCCAAAAGCAGAUAAAGCUGUGACAGCAUUAAUUAGUAACAAGACUUUGAAGAUAGAUCAGUAUGUUGACACUCAUGAUAUUGAUCAAUAUUAUACAAACCAGAAGUACAACAGUCGUAAUUGUAAUAACAAUAUUAGAAGUAAAAGAAUGUGUUACAAAAAAAUUGACUUUAAAGAUGUUGUGGAAUGCUUUGAUGAAAACAAAAGAAUAGUAAAAUUAAAGAAAGAACAAAAUCGUCUAAUAAAAAAUAAAACCCACUGCUGUCUUAAGAAAACUUCAGUAACAGAUUUAACACAGCACAGAACGAAAAGAAGUUUACUUUUAUCGAAAAGUAUUCCUUCUUUUUUUAAAUAUACCACAAAAGAUAAGCAUAACAUGAAGCCAGGGAAAAAUUAUGAUUGCCAAGUACUGUUCAGAAAUAAAUGUCAUUCUAGUGAUGCAUCUUCACAUUCUCCAAGUUCAGAUGAUGAACAUAAUGUUUUAUUUAUAAAUAAAUUGAGUAGGAGCUCAUUCUACAUAUUCAUCACAAAAGCUGUGAACGAAGACAGUAAUAUUCGGAGAUCUUCAAGUGAAAUUUCCAUUAGAAAAAAAUGCGUUCUAAACAAAAGAAUAUUAGUCAAAAGCAAUUCAUACUGUUCACGCCAUAUCUACCGGAAAGAGAAUUGCGGGACUUACGAAAAUUAUCUUGUUGCAUUUAAUUAUGAAGAAGAUAAAUGCUCACUGUUAAAAAAGGAAAAUAACAAGUGUAAAACACGGGAUUCUUUUAAUGAAAAACACGCGAGUGGUUCUAGUUGCCUCGAGGGUUGUGAAGGGGGAUAUCGUACCUGACGAAUUCAAUUCUCUUGAUUUAUUUAAUAUUGGAGAAUCACCACAAAGAGAAAGUUCUUCCAAGCAUGGUAUUAGGGAUAAUCAUAAAAAUGAUAAAAAUACAAGGAAUCCAUGUUACGAUGGUUCACAGGAUUUAAAGAGGGAUACUGGGCAUGGCCGAUGUAGAAAAGACGGUCCUCCAAAACCUCUUCCCUUCAUGAAGGAACUGAACGAGUUUUGGAAACAGCGGCAAUCUGGAUUACGCAGUUAUCCUCAAUUAGUUGGUGAUAGCAGUCCACGAAAGGAAAAUGUGCCUGAAAGUUACAAAGAGGUUCCUUACGUUUAUGGUUCCGAUGCAGUACACCACUGCAGGUGUAAUUGUAAUGAUACGGAAGAUCCUAUGACCACGGCAAUGAAGGAACAUUUGCUUUCUUUUGUUGGUCCAUGUAGCUGUCCUACAUCUCGCAAAAAGAUGGUAUCACCUGCUGCACCAUCGUGUACAAGAUGUGGAGAGGAGGUAAAUUUCAUUAUACUGUUACAGGAUUGCUCAUAA